UUAUGUGGUUUAAGGCAAUAUUUCUGCUCUUCCUCUGAAACAGGAGGAAACCAAAACACUGCAAGAAGUGACCAGAUCCUGUCAUGCACAUACACUCUGCUGUAGACAUGAUUUACCCUCUGAUUCUCUCUGGGAUUUUACUUCACAUCACAGAUGGUGCUGGAAUUCAGAAAAUGAAUAUAGGAGUGAAAUCUGGAUCACCUGGCAUAAUGCCAUGUCUAUAUGAUAAAAAACAUAAAGAAAACCGUAAAUACUGGUGUCAGGGGUCACUAUGGUUUUCUUGCAGUAUAUUGGCAUAUGCAAAUAAGUCUGGAAAAUAUUCCCUCACUGAUUAUCCAGCCCAGAGUAUUUUUACAGUGCAAUGGAAGAAUAUGAAGACCUCAGACUCUGGAUAUUACUGGUGUGCUGUGGAAAUUGGCGGCAAAAUAGACGACGGUUAUUAUUUGUAUCUGACGGUACAAUCAAUUCCUGAUGUGUCUGUGGUGAGCAGCAGUGUAUCUGGACAUGAAGGUGGUGAUAUCAGUGUUCAGUGUUUCUACAGUUCUGGAUAUACGAAUAAAACCAAGCAGUGGUGCAGAUAUAAAGAUCAGAGAUGUUACAAAGAGAAGAAGACUGACACAUCCCAGAAUUCAUCAGUCCAGAUCAGUGAUGAUGGGCGAAGAUCCUUCACUGUGCUGAUGACUGGACUGAGACUCACUGAUUCUGGCUGGUACUACUGUUCUGUAGGAGAUUUACAGGCUCCUAUUCAACUCACAGUCACUGAAGCCAAAAGAUCAUUUACAACUGUUCCUGUGGCUACACCAUCUCACUCUAAGACAGACAUGCACACAACACAGCCAACAACCAACAUGAAUCCUACAACUAUGUCGACUGAUUCAAGCCCAGUGACAGACGUAGCUGAAAACCAUCCAGCUCUAACAGCAGCCACAGAGACUGUUAAUACUGAAAUACACAGCAAGGAUAAGCAAAACAAGCAUGAUGUGAUUCUGGUCAUGUUUCUUCCAGCAUUGCUUGUGCUGUUAGUGCUUGUUACUCUUGUUGCAAUAGUAACCUGUAGACUGAGAAAGAAACCAGAGAGAAGACAAAUUAGAGAAGAACAUUUUUACAGCACCAGAAAUACAAUGCCCUGUGAAAACCAGAUGACAUCCAACAGUCCAGCAGAUGCUGCACCUUCUUCAUCAGUGAACUCAGAAACUGAAGUGAUCUACACAUCUGUGAAAAAAGACCCAAGGCUAGUGCCUGGUCAUCCUGAAAGCCUCCCAAUGGAAAUUGGCCUGAUGCUCAUGGCCAAUACUGGCCCCAACGUUCCUCAAAUCAUUAAACUGCUGGACUGGCAGGACGACACAGACCAUUACAUCAUGGUCAUGGAGCGGCCCUCACCUUGCAUGGACCUGUCUAGCUUCGUCAAGCUCCACGGAGGAAGCCUCGACGAAGCAAUGGCACGACAGGUCAUGCAGCAGGUCAUUGAUGCCGCUAUCGUUUGCAGCAUGCGUGGUGUCUUCCAUCGGGACAUCAAACUGGAGAACCUGCUGGUGAACCGGGACACCAUGGAAGUCAAAUUGAUUGACUUCAAGUGUGCUGCAAUGAUGAAGAAAUUUGCCUACAAAUUCUUUUGUGGCACAAGAGCAUACUGUCCACCAGAGGUCAAUGUGAAGGGCAGGUACCAUGCAAAACCGAUGACGGCGUGGUCACUGGGGGUCCUAUUGUUUAAAAUGGUGUGCGGAUAUUAUCCCACAGACCUCGACCUGCACUUGAUCAGUGAGAACAACUGGACCAGACCUGACCUGUCAAGAGAAUGCUGCCAGAUGAUUUGCGCGUCUGAGCCUGAGCCACAGCAGAGACUCAGUCUGGAGAAGAUGCGUCUCCAUGGCUGGUUUAAAGAACUGCUUAUUUCUGUGUGGCAGGAAAUGAAAUGUUCAUUUCAGGUUCUGUCUUGUACUCAUUCUAACCGCCACAUGGCUUGUCCUCCGAUACUCUUUGGAGUUUUACUUUACACCGCAGGAACUUUGAGCAUGAAGACCUUGGAUCAUGUGACUGUAAGAGAAGAAGGAACCAUUACAAUCCCAUGUCUGUAUGAUAAUCAGUAUAAACUAAACACAAAAUACUGGUGUAAAGGGUAUCUUUGGCAUUCUUGCGAAAUUACAGCCUCCGCAAAUGCUAUAGGAAAAUGGACAAUAACUGAUUAUCCAGCACAGAAUAUUUUUACUGUGAAACUCAACAAUCCGACGAUUUCAGACUCUGGAUCUUAUUGGUGUGCUGUGGAGAUCGGAACUCAUGCAGAGCCAGAUGACAGAAAAUAUUUGUAUGUAACUGUUAAAAAAGACCCUGAUGUGUCUGUGGUGAACAGCAGUGUAUCUGGACAUGAAGGUGGUGAUAUCAGUGUUCAGUGUUUCUACAGUUUUGGAUAUAAGAAUAAACUGCAGAAGUGGUGCAGAUUUAAAGAUAAGAGGUGUUACACAGUGGGGAGGACUAACACAUCCCAGAAUUCAUCAGUACAGAUCAGUGAUGAUGGGAGAAGAUCCUUCACGGUGCUGAUGACUGGACUGAGACUCACUGAUUCUGGCUGGUACUACUGUUCUGCUGGAGAUCAGAAGGUUCCUGUUCACCUCUAUGUUCAGAGCGACAAUGAAUAUAAAGCCGAAAGUGAUAAUGCUGUUCUAUUUCCCUCCAUAUGCAGAAACCAAACAGCAAGCAAAGAUACGGAGGACAACAAGUGCUCUCCUGAUGACCAGAUGAACUGGAUUUUUCUCCUCCUCUAUACUGCUGUGCCGCUACUUCUGUUACUGAUGCUGGUUUUAGUAAUUUGGAGGCUUGUACAAAAACACAAUGGGGCUUUGACCAAACGAGAACCAGACAUCUGUUCAGUGGCAGAAGGUCCAAUGACUGUCACGUAUGACACUGUGGUCUUUAAGAAAGCAAAAAACCAUGAACCAAACCAGGUCUCCAUUAGCCGCUCUCCUGAACAAGUUGAAGUGAUCUACAGCACUCCGAAACUUCACUAAUAACAGAUGAUCUCUGGCCAUUCACAUUAUGAAUAUUACAGUCUGAAGUAAUGGCAUCUUUGCCUGUUUUACAUCAUGCCGUUUCUUUUAAAGCUGCAAAAGACGUCACAUGAGACAGAAAAAAGGAACCUCCGGAACACAUUUUAAAGUGUUGCAUGAGGGUCAUGGUUCAGCAGAUUAUUAUUUUGCUAUUAAGAUUUUUGCCACAUCUGUAAAAGUGUCACCUAUUAAUAAGCACCUAAUGUUUUUUUUUUUCUUUUUUUCUUUUUCACUUUUAUUCUUAGUCAAUGCGAGAAGCAAAACUGAAACAUCAUUUCCUCAUCAGAGGCUGACACAAUGAGUUCAGGUCAGCUUUUAGGUCAAUGAUUAGUUUGACCACUUCAGAGAACCUGAAAAAAAAAAUGCUCAUUUGAAAUCGAAUUGUUUUUGCAUAAAUAACUGUUCUGUUUUGUUUUCUGAGCUGCUAAAUACCUUUGCAUUAUUAUUUUUGAUUGUAUAAGAUUUAGUUGUAAAACUGUAUAAGUGCUUUCAUUUAUAGUUUAGAGAAUAGUUUAAUGGCUUUGCAAGUAAAAGUAUUAUAAAUGUUAUAACUUAAAAAAA